GAGGAGGAUUUCCAGCGGCCGGGCAGCCGCGAGGAGGCGCAGCAGCUGCUGGAGCUGGAGCGGCUCCGCGUGGAGCGCGCCAUGGAGCGCCAGCAGAAGGAGAUGCUGGAGGAUCACCGCUGGCUCCGCCAGGAGGUCCAGAGCCUGGAUCCCAAGGUGUUCCUGAACAACAACAUUCCCCCGCUCCUCCCGGAGAAGGAGACGGAUUACACGCAAUUCACGGGGCCGCCCCAGAAGCCUCCGAGACUCGGGGCUCAGCCCAUCCAGCCGGCGCCCACGGCCAACCUGGACCGCACGGACGAUCCGGUCUACGGGAAUGUCAUGGAUCUGGUGCGGGCCGUGCUGCAGCUGAAGAACCAGAUCAGCCAGGUGCCCCCCGAGGGAUACAUCCUGGUGGUCAAGAACAUCGGCCUUUCCCUACGGAAGCUCAUCGGGAGCGUCGACGACAUCCUUCCCAACCUUCCGUCCUCUUCCCGCACCGAGAUCGAGGGCACCCAGAAGCUCCUCAACAAGGACUUGGCCAACCUCAUCAGCAAGAUGCGCCUGGCGCAGCAGAAUUCCGGCACUUCCCUGAGCGCGGAAUUCCAGCGGCAGAUGCUGACGGCUUCCCACGCCCUGGCCGUGGACGCCAAGAACCUUCUGGACGCCGUGGACCAGGCCAAGCUCCAGGCCGAGCUGGUCAAGCCGUGCUCGGAAUGAGGUGGAAAAUUCCGGAUUCCGGGAGGAGUCGGCUCCUGGCGGCGCCUCCCGUUGGUUUUUUCCCGCUCUCCCUCUUCCCGCUCCUCCUGCAGCCGCCUCGUGUCUGUCAGUGUCGCGUCGCUCUUCGGAAGACGGGAGGCAUCCGGUGGGGUUUUCCUCGGAAAAAAAAAAGGGGGUUUUGGGGUUUUUCCUUGGAAAAAAAAAAAGGGGUUUCGGUAGGGGGGGGGCGCGGAUCCGGCGGGAUCCAUCCCGGCGCGUCCAUGGAUCCAUCCUCUGAGCGCGGAUGGCCGCGGGCGGCACGGCGGGACGGGGACCUGGAGCGUGCCGGGAGCCGAGGGCGCACGGAUUUCGGGGAGGAGCCGGAAUUCCCGCCGGCGUUUUCCCCGUGGAAGUUGUACAGCGGAGUUUAUUUAACGACGGCGAGCGGGAGCCGCUUCCGGAGCCUUCGGAAUUCGGGGAGGGAUUGGGGACCCCCCCCCGCCAAGGAUGGCGGCCUCGGGAAGGGACACAAACCUGGAGAACGUUGCCUCUUCCAGCUGCGUUAUUCCCAAGUUUUGUGUGAGCGCCGCCGGCAAAACCGCGCGGCUCCGGCGGGGUUUGUGCUUCCGGUUGGGAACCGGGCGAUUCGGGCUUUUCCCCAGCGUUUUUCCCGCAGUUUUCCCAAGUUUUUUGGUUUGUUUUUUUUUUUUUUCCCCCCCACCCCAGCUUUGAUAA